AGCGUGCUUCCUCCCGCCGGAGAGGUGUGGAACCUGAAGAACAUGAGGGUGGAAGUCAUCAGUAGUCAGUUCUAUAACAACUUCACUGAGACAACCGUUCAAGUGUCGUUCGUCAAUAGUGAGAAGGUGAUGGGCAGCCACCGUUGUGCCGUACUGCAGGCGGAGGGCUGGCCUGCCGACGUCGCCUUGCCCUCGUCGCCGCUGCCCCUCCUCGCCGUCCUGGAGCGCCUCGACUCCCUUCCGCGGACGGGCGGCCCUCCGCUCUUUUCCUGCAGGGACGGCGUGAGCGGGAGCGGGCUGACGGUGGCACGGCAGCUGGUUCUCUCCCGGGCCAAACUGCUGCAGGAGAUAGACAUAUACCGGCCGUCCUUAGCGUCAUGUACGACCGGCCGCAGUUCAUCCCGUCCUUUGAACAGUAUGACUUCUUGCACGAGGCGGCCCAAAUGGUUCCUGAAUGCGUUCAGUAUGUAUGGCAACUUCACCUAGGUCGCCAUCUUUGCCACCGAGAGGCCCUGGCUGCUGUUCAGUGGGCCAUGGGCGGGGUAGCUGAGUUGGUACGGCGGUGAGGGUACCUGAGCUGAAGACGGUGUUUUUGUUUAAGUAUGCAUUCUGACCUUGAUUUUUGGAUAUAAAAAGGUAUAUUGGAUACGAAGAAAAGAGAAAAAAAGAGAGGACAGAGGCUUAAGGCACCCCUACCCCCCCUCUUGCCUUCACAUCCUGGCAAAACGUUAUCUUGGGCCGUGUUUUCCCCAAGGCCGUCAGCAGGAUAGUCAGCCACUCUAUACAACAUGCUGUGUCAUACCCUUGGCAGUUUACAGUUUGACCGGGAAAUUCUUCGUGAGUCAUACACCGACAUGCAUUUCAAUAUGAACAGUUUUACCAAGAGAUAAAACAAUGGAAGCUUCGUUCGUACCUUGUGCAAUAUGGUCUUUACUUUAAUUGCAUCAUGGUGAUAAUUAUGAUAAUAUGAAUGAUGGUGCUGAUAAUAUAAUGAAGAGAAAUAAAAAAAAAAUGGUGACAUCAGUCAUCAGAGAUGAUAAGGGUAGAUGUCUUUAUUUGCAUUAUCAUAUUACAAAAUAGUAUUAGAUUCUGUUUUUAUCUGUUUUAUCACAAAAAUGUUCGUAAUGCUAAGAGGGUAAGAUCAAUUAUAAUUAUCACACACACACACACGUGUAUGCAUGUAUGUAUUACUGAAAUACUAAUCUACGUAUCAUACACAUUCAUGUAUUGAUAUACAUUAGUGUCAGUGUAUGUUAUUGCUUACCAAAAGCAGUAGGGUAUAAUGACAUUCUUAGCAAAUAGUAAAAUGUAUGCUCACUAUAGUUGUAGUAUUAUAAGUACUGUUAUAAUCUUGUUAGUGAAUUUAAGUCGAAUUGUAACAGCAAUUAUGAUUAUUAUUGCAUGAUUGCUAUUGUAUUGAUUAUGUAUUGGUUACAGGUUUGACCGCAUUCCAAUAAAUUGAGAAGCGAGUA